CGCCAUUUCGCCGCCGACGACGAUGGGCCUCGCGAGGCUCCAUGACGACUUCUUGGCGCAGAUCUGCGCUGCGUGCACCGUGGCCGACCUUGGCGCGCUUGUCGCCGUGAGCAAAAGCUUCGAGCGACUCUUCCGCCCGUACUUUAUCGACGCGUGCAAGCGCUACUGCUUCCUCGACUACCUCACGCCAUCGAUCGCCGCGUACCGCAUGGCCUCGCCCGUGCCUCGCACGUGGCCAGCGCUCUACAAGGCGUUCACGUCGUCGCGCCACAUGUCGUGGUCUGCAUGCGCGUCCGAGGUCAGCAGUGGCCUGCGCAAGCUCAAGGUCGACCCGACCGAGUACGCAGUCGACGGCGCCUACCUGCUUCGGUGUGGCGGUCAUUACCUCUUUAGCCUCUGGCAGAUACCACUCGCAUCGAUUCACAUCACUUCCUCAAACGACGACGACCCGCGCUUUGGAACCCUCGACAUGGCCACGUGGGAGAAGGUCCGCCCAGUUGGCGCCGGCCCGUGCCCACGACGCAACCACUCGAUCACGGCGCUGCCACCGCUUUUUGUCGCACGCUCGAUUGUCUGUGGCGACGACAACGAGUUUGCCAACCAGCACUGGCGCCGCCUCAUCGUCUUUGGUGGCCAAGCCGAGACGUAUCCGUUUCAGGCAUUUAACGAUCUCUACCUCUGCUGCCAGACCCGCGAUCGGGCGACCGGGAAGACCAAGGCGUACUGGGUCGAGCCCGAGACGACGGGUGUCCCGCCCUCGCCGCGCUCGAGCCAUGUGGCCACGGUGCUCGACCCAAUGACCGUGCUCUUCUCGGGCGGCAGCAGCGGCACGACUGCGAUUCCGAAUUUGGAAAUUUUUCUGUUGCAUCAAAUCGCACACGACUACGGCGACAUGGGGCUGGGUGCGUUUCGGUGGUCGCAGCCCACGGCCGAGAUGGUAUCACCCAUGGGACGCACGCUUCACGCGGUCUUGCAGCCCAACCGCGCCAAGCGCGAGCUCAUAAUCUUUGGCGGCAAGCAGAUCCGCGAGUCCAACGGCUUGUUCGACUGCCACUGCCUCACGUUUCUGGAUGCGAACCUGACCGAGAUGGCGUGGUCGAAGCCCACCCUCUGCGGUCCGCGACCGUCGGACCGCCGCGGGCACAGCACGACGCUGAUCGGGCAGCGGCAUUUGCUCGUCUUUGGCGGUCAAGACAGCGCGACGCACGAGCUCGAGAAUACAACGUACGAGUUGGACGCGAUGCAGCUGCGCUGGUCGACGCCGACGAUCCGUGGGCGUCCGCCAAGCCCGCGCCGUGGGCACAAGAUGCAGUUUUUUGGCUCGCGCAUGGUUGUGCAGAGCGGGUUCACGUGGAACGAGUGCCAUAGCGUGGCCAACACCAAGCUGCCCGAGACAGACGCCCACGUUCUCUCCUUUCUGCCAGUCGUAGAGAGUACGAGCUCGUUAACCUAAG